CUGAGGGGCGGCCCCGCCGCUUCCCCGCCGCUUUCGCUUUCGUUUCCCCGCCGGGCCCGCUCGCUCCGGGCCCUUCCCGGUACGAUCCAUUCCCGCUGGGAUCCGCGUCCCGUGGAAGCCCCAUCCCGCUCGGAUCCCGUCCCUUGGGAGCCCCAUCCCGCUCGGAUCCCGGUCCCGUGGGAGCGACGGCCAUGGCCACGGGCCAAGCUGCCAGAUCCACGAGGACAAUUGUCAUUGCUGGUGUCCCAGCUGGCCUCCUGCAGGAUGAUGUCAUGGCUGACAUCCUCACCAUCCACUUCCAAAUGUCCAGGAAUAACGGCGGGGAUGUGGAAGAGGUCACGUAUCCCACACGGAAUAAAGGAGUUGCCUACAUAACCUUUGAGGAUCAAGAAGUUGUGGAGAGUGUUCUGAAGAAGGAGCAGCAUCUCCUGCAGGACAAGAGGCUGCCCAGGACCUACCCGCUGACUGUGACCCGCUACUGCAACAGCGUCUUCCUCUGUGUCACAUCCACCCUCAACGUGGCUCUUUUCAGAGAUCACUUUGUUUUGGAAGAUUUGGUGGAAGAGAUGAAAAAGCAGAGCCCGGAUUUGAAUUUUGGUCCUUUGCAGCCUGACGGACAAAUUUCUGUGAGAGGGUCCUUCCCAGCACUCAGAGUGCUGAGAGAAUUCCUCUUGUUAAAGGCAAAAUCCCUCUCAGAGGAGGGCAAAAGAGAGGGAAAAUCCCAUCAGAAACCGAGGAAGAAGCUGCAGGAGCACAGAAGUGCCGCGGAGACGAGGAAUUCCCGGAAUGAGCACAGGGAAAAACAAGUGCUGGUUCUGGACACAGAUAUCUAUCUCUACAUGAAGUGCUUUCUUCCCAAAAAGUUCCAGGCAAACGACAUUGUGAUUUCUGGUGUCACUGAUGGUGACAUCACCACGGUGUGCAUUGAGAGUGCUGGCAGGGAGGCUGGUGCUGCUCGCAGAUCAAGGGCCAAGGGAAUCAUUGAAAGGUGCUCCGUAGAACUCCAGAAGAUUUUACGUAAAGAAAGGAUCUGCCUCAAGGAACAGAGCAGAGGGGAGAAGCAGAGAUACAAACAGCUCUGUGAGAGGCUGAAGGCCCAUUACCCCAAGCUGCUGAUCGUUCCUUACGACACCCACAUUGACGUGGUGGGAAUGUCUGCAGAUGUUUUUGCGUUUAGGGAGGAGGUGAGGAGGCUCUCCAGGUAGGAGGGAGUGCUCCUGGAGUUUGUACUUCUCACCCAGCCUGUGCCGGUGGCCCUGUGGCCCUGUGGCACUGCACAUCUCCCUCUGUGUCACUCUGGGUCGCCUUGUCCUACUCACUGGGAGGGUGACCCUGCCUGGCCCUCCCCAAAUACCAAAUUAAGGUCAGAACAAGAAACCAAUGAUCUCUGCACUUAGGCAGCAAAAAGAAUUUAAACCUCAUCUGUCCAGAAAGAGCCACAUUUUCCUUUUGAUACCUCAGUGCCUUCUCAUCCCAAUUUGCUGUCAAGGAGUAGGUGAUGAGAAGAGAGAUUUUGGGGUUUUUUUUAAGCUGGGGGUGCCAGCCUUGUAGGAAACACUGCAGGGAAGUUCUGUGGGAGGUUGUGUGAGGAGGUGAGCACAGCAGACAGGAAUGGGGACCUUGAUCUGCAGAGGGACCUUCUCCCCCUUGGGAAGAGAGCUGGGACACUUGGCAGAGCAAAAUGCACAUGGGAUGAGCAGGCUUCAGAAAGCCUUGAAAAUUCUUCUCUGGAGGAAACAGGCAAGUUUAUUUUCAUAGGAGCAAUAAUGGGGUUUUUUCCAGCUGUAAAGGCUUCUGCAGCAUCUCUUGACAGCACGUUAUUUAGAUGUGAAAGUGUGUCCAGAGAUUUGAUGGGAAAAUUUGGAGGCAUUCAGACUUUGAAAUCAGAUUCUGUUUAUGCAGAUCUGUUUCUGUAUCCAUUACAAGGGCACAGAGAGGAUUUUUUAGACCAAUACAGAAAAUAGCUUUUAUUUUGUGAUAUCUGUGUGUUUAGAAUAAUUUGUCAAAACAUCCACAGCACCAGCUCUUCUGUUUGAUGUGCAGGGAAAGUUUUAGGGGUUUAUGCCACAAAAGAAAGCAGUUGUCCAAAGCAUCUUAUCUGUGUUAUUUUAACCAAAUCCCAAGUUUUUGGUUGGAAGCCCAAACCUGAACCCCAAGAAAUGCUUGAGGCAUUUUCUUGUCAUCACUGAUUAUCCAUGGCAAUGAAGCCAGUGAAAAGUGUUAGAGCAGUGAUUUAAAAAUGACUGUCAAAGCAGCGAGCUGAAUUGGGGGGG